AAACAGCCAACAGCCAACAGCCGACAUAGAGGAGAUCAAAGAGCUUCAUCAAGCCAUAAUGCUUCUCACGCUUCUUUUUAUUUCCACCGCGGUGGCAACUCCACUGCUGGGUACGGAGCAGUGUGCCCACGGCCCCCCCUACUGGUGCCAGAACGUCAAGACUGCUUCACUUUGCGGUGCAGUUCAACACUGCCAACAGAAUGUGUGGAACAAGCCUCAGAUGAAAUCUGUGCCAUGUGAUCUGUGCAAAGAGGUGAUGGUGGUGGUGGAGCAACUAUUGAAGGACAAUAGCACAGAGAGUGAAAUCCUUGGAUACAUGGAGAAGGUCUGUCAGCUGAUCCCUGAUAAGGGCUUGGCUGGACAGUGCCAGGAUAUUGUGGACAACUACUUCCCCAUUGUCAUGGGCAUCAUCGAAGGAGAGCUGGACGACCCUAGUGUGGUGUGUGGUGCUCUGGGCCUGUGUGUGUCCCAGCAGGCAGCUCUGGGUAAAGCUCUGCUUAUGUCAAAUGAAAUCCCUCAAGUAGACCUGACCCAGCGUGUCAACCCCUUCCUGCUCAACAUCCCUCAACUGCUCUACCCCAAAGAAAAUGCCAAGAAGGAAACCCCCAAACAGAGUGGAGACGUGUGUCAGGACUGCGUUACAUUCAUCACUGACACUCAGGAUCAGGCCAAAUCCAACGCCUCAUUUGUCAAUGCUCUGCUGGUGCAGGUGGAGAACCAGUGUGAGCUCCUGGGACCUGGCAUGUCUGAUAUGUGUAAGGAGUACAUCAGCCAGUACGGGCCCCUGGUCAUACAACAGCUCAUGUCUAUGCAACCCAAGGACAUCUGCUUUCGUGCUGGUUUCUGCCCCACCGGGCCCAAGACUGUACUCAUGCAGAAGCUGGUGCCCGCCAAAUCCAUCCCUGCCAGUAAAUCCAUCCCUGCUGUCAAGAUGUUCCCUGCAAUCAAACUUGAAACGCCUGUCGUAGCCAAGCCUGCUAAGAAGAUGAUGCGUGUGCGUGACCCGCCACAGUGUGCCAUCUGCGAGUAUGUCAUAAAGGAGGUUGAGGCAAUGCUCGAAGGUCAAACAUCUGAGGAAGAGAUUGUGCAGGUUGUGGAGAAGGUCUGUGACAUUUUGCCCUCCACACUCACAGCACAGUGCAAGGAUCUGAUUGAGGCCUAUGGACAGGCCAUCAUUGAUCUGCUCGUGCAGGAGGCUGACCCCAAAACUAUAUGCACUUUCCUCGGGCUCUGCAAUCAGGCCAGCCGCACCUUUAUCCCUGAAAUGGACAAGGCCAGGUUUCAGAAUGGCGGUUUGUGUGACGUGUGUAAGAUGGCUGUGCGUUACGUGGAUGGGAUCCUGGAGCAAAAUGCUACUCAGGCAGAGAUCGAGGAUGCUGUGAGGAAGGUCUGCAAAUUCCUGCCUGAUUCAGUCAGAGACGAGUGUGAUCAGCUCGUCCAGCAGUACGAACCUCUGCUGGUACAGCUGCUGCUCCAGACGCUCGACCCUGACUUCGUCUGCAUGAAGCUGGGAGCAUGUCCUGCGGCCGUGCAGAGGCUGCUGGGACUGGAGCAGUGCAGCUGGGGACCUGGAUACUGGUGUAAGAACGUGGAGACGGCUGCACGCUGUAAUGCUUUGGACCACUGCAGGCGCCACGUGUGGAAUUAAAGGAGAUACAGAGCAUCCCAGAACAAUCUUGGGGAAACCCUUUUUUUUUUUUUUUUUUUUUUUUUUUUUUUGCUGUAGCGCUGCUUUUCUGUUUUGAAAUCAAAACUUUGUUUUCUUUUUAAAAGUGACAUUUGAAUGAUGUCACCACUAAUUUAACAGCCUUGUUUCUGGAGAAAAGACAGCUUUUUACUGAAAGGAUUUCACAUUUUUUGAGGGGGCAGGGUUUUGGAGGGAGGUAUGACUGGCAGGUGUAGCUAUAUAGAAAAUACACUGAACUGGAAUUUAAGCUGCUUUGGCGUUCUAGGGGAUUUUUAUUUUUCUAAAAGUAAUGUUGUUUUUUUUUAGCUGUACUGUGUUCCUUUAAAUAUGCACAUAGCAUUCAAGUCUUGGGAGGAAAAUGUAAAUGGAAAUAGCUAGUGCCUUUGAUGGGUGAAAGGGUUUGUGACCUCUAAGAAUGAAAAUUAAAUGUACCAGACAGUUAUUGGACCCCUUAAUAUCCCCUGUCUCCCUGCUCACUGUAACUGCAUAUACAAGCACAUGCAAGGCCAGUGUUGUGAUUUAAUCUUGUUUUUAAUAGUGACUGUUUGAUCCUAACAGAAGUUAAUUCUCUUUAACUUUUGUCUUAUUAAUGAGCUGAAGGUGAAAGUGAUCUUGAUUUGGUCCCACUUAAUUUUUGCCACUCAGUUAUUGACCCUUUUACUGCUCGCUAAAUGUUUUCAGUAAUGGUCAGAUUUGAUCUUGUGCUUCACACAAGACUGUUCAGACUGAGCCUUUUUUUCCUUUUUUUUUUUUUUUUUUUUUUUAAACAACUGAAAUUAAACCCACCGAAACCCAUUUGUCGUGCUUUCAUUGAUUUUUGUCAAAAUAAUUUGUCAAGUCUUCGUUGCAACGAUCAGGUUCUGGAAGUAGUAAUCCCAUUCAUUUUCCUCAAAUUUAUUUUUAACAAUAACUGAUAAACAAAGCUAUGCUAUAUAGCUUUACAGAAGCAUAAGUCAGUGAUCUGAACUUAAUAAAAAAUAUGAAUUUCCAAAUUUCCGGUGUUACCAUGGACAUGUUAAUUGCAAAAUGACUCAACAGACUGCCUACUCACAUAAAGCUUUGUGAAUGUCUUAAAAGUUUACAUGGCAAAUAAAUGUAAAUAACAUUUUGCAAUAAAAAAAAAAACAAUUAAAUAAAAUCUGAUACAAAAUAUUUUAAAUCAAAGUUUGUAAUGUUUCAUCUCUGGUUUUUGUUUAAAGCUUAAUAUUAGAAUAUAUUUGUUUUAAAUCGCUAUGGAGAAAAUGAGUGGGAAAAAAUAUUUCCAGAGCCAAGGCUACUGAAUAAAAAAAGUGGGUGAUUAAUAAGGAUGAAAACAUGAAUAGAAAUGGUGACCAGUUAUAACGCUAACAUACACUUUCAUGCAUAUUUUUUUAAUUGUAUGCCAAUAGUGAAGUUUUAAUUUUUGCCUUUUUGGCAGUAAUGAAUGUGAAAUAUAGCUGCGUGUUUCAAAAAAGUAAACAAUACAUUAUGGAUUAAUCAACCAAGUAGUAAAGCACAUAUCAGGCAUAUAAUCUUAGUAUCACUUUUGUAGUUCACAAUUAAAUUUUACGAGCGUUCCCAACAGUUUUGUACUUUAUUGCCACAGGUAGUUUUUAAAAUUGUAGAUGUAGACGAUUUGAAGCAACUGUAUGUUCAUAUUGUACAUGCAGGUGUACGAUCUGAACACAUAUGCAGUUAGUGAGAAAUCAUGUGUAACUAGGCCUACACAUUUCUCAGUAAAAAUGUGUGAUUUCCUGAUUUAGAGUUUAGAAUUGGAAUGACAUUGAUUAUACAGUUAUUUCUAUGGCUAAAUGUAUGUGGUUAUUUCCGUUAAUAAGGAUUUGACUAGUCUAGGAAUUUCAGCGAAAACAAAUCUUUAUGCUACAGCUUACAAUGGCAUUUUAGAAAAUUGUGUGACCGUGUGCUUUUAACUCUGUAGCAGCAGUUUGGGGAGGGCCCUUCUGGUUCCAAAAAAGACAAAAGCAAGAUCUACUUGUCUUGUUUUUUGAUGUAUGUUGAAUUAAAUCAAGGAGGCGGAAAGAAAUUAAGUAACCCUGCUGUGGAAGAACUUGACUGGCCCAAACCUGAACACCUAUUGAACACUUUAGCAUUAAAAUUUGUCCUCAUAUAAAUUACAAGAAUAGCCAACCUGUUAUGUAGAAGGGCUGUUUACAGUUUUGGCCUUUUAGUGUGAUGACUAACUAAUCUAUCGGGAAAUCUUCCUGGAAAACACCCUCCAGUCAUUGGCCACUUCCAAGGGUUGAUCACUCACAUAACGCCUGCCAGAGAGCUUUUGACGUGUGCUUGUGCAGAUUAAAUUCAAAUAUCUCAGUGAAAUCUUGUGGACACUUCAGCUAUAGUUUAAAGGUGUGGUCACACUAGACUUUGCUCCAUUCACUAACAUUCAUUUCAUACACAAGUGAAUGUGGGAGAGUAACCCACUCAAGGUUGUGUUCUAGUGAUUGUACCACAGUUCGCUAGUGCCAAAGAAAACAAUUUAUGGCUUUUAGCAGCUUACUGAUUUAUUGUAACAUCCUGAAAUAUGUUGGCGUGACAAAGCCAACAUACUGUUAAUCUAGAGACAUGUUUUCCCUGACUGUAACUCGUUCUACAUCCACAAAACUUGGUACAGUUCUUCAGAUUGUUUUUCUAAUUUAUCAUAAUUACAAGUUUUCUGUAACCAACCUACCUACAUACUGACUGACAGACUGUCAAGCCAACAUAAAAGACUUGACAAACUUUUUAUUUUUCAUUAAAAACAGAAGGUCUACAGCA